AUGGCUGAUAAUAAUAAUAAUAAUAAUAAUAAUAAUAAUAAUAAUAAUAAUAAUAAUAGUUCAGCAGUUGAAUCAAUAAUAGAAAGUUUUAACAAUGUAUCAUUAGUUGAAAAAUGUUGGGUUGAUGCAUUACCAAUAUUAAAAGAAGCUUCAAAUGAUAUGUACUUGGGUCAAUUAAUUCAUUCAAAUGAUUUUCAAUUAGAAUCUGCAACACAUUCUUUAGAAGUAAGUUUAUUUAUAUACAUAUAA